UAAACAUUUUUAUUCUUUCAAUCGAAACGGAUCCGAAGUUUUGAUUAACGACUCGGCUGAAGCCAUCGCCGCCUAUCUAUUUCAUCGGACAAAGUUCGGCACUUUCUGCUUCGCUCUCGAAUCUCGACUUUGAGAGAGUUUGAAUUUUACUUGAGCUACUGUUUCCAUCUAUUUACGACACGGCGGAAAAGGGUUUCUCUUUUACCGGGGAUCAGUGGUUUACUGGCAUUCGGUGUAAGGGUGUUGCCAUUUAAUUCAAGUCUAUAGUCAGAUAUAUACUUGACGAUGGAAGUAGCUGAGGAAUCCGAAGAAACGCCAUCAACUAGUACUAAAAAAUUGCCCGGAACGGUGAACUGGGGUACGGCAACAACUAUUGCAGUGUUUGCAGGCAUGCUUUAUGGAGGAAGCAAAGAAGCUGCCGCUUCGGUGAGUAAGGAUGCAGAAGUUACAUUGAAGCUUGGUAGCACACCUGACAAGCGUGAACAAUAUAGGUUAAUCAGAGAUGCAAUGGAGAAAAGAUUUAUCCGAGUCACACGAGGCUCAAUAGUUGGUGGCGUGCGCCUUGGGAUGUUUACAGCUGCAUUUUAUGGUCUACAAAAUCUGCUAGCUGAGAAGCGUGGUGUACAUGAUGUCUUCAAUGUUGCCGCAGCUGGUUCUGCCACAGCUGCUACGUUUGGUCUAAUAUUGCCAGGAUCGCUCAAGUGGCGUGCUAGGAAUGUAGCAAUGGGAUCUGUCCUAGGUGCAGCAUUUUGCUUUCCUCUUGGUUGGAUUCAUCUAAAGCUUGUAGAGAAAGCAAAUGAAGGUAAUGAAGCGCUUGGUUAUACUAAUACAGUUCAAAAGGGAAAAUCAAAGAGUGGUGUCGGUGCUGCUAUUGAGAGAUUUGAAGAAAAUAUGAAUAAGUAGAUUCAAUAAUCGCUUCUCCAUUUUCCAGCACAGCAAGAUACCACGAAUGAAGUCAAAAUGGAGAAAUAUACAGACCAUUUCCAACCAGGAUUGUUGGCUUUUUUUGCUUGCAUUCUACCAUUUUUACUGGAUUUUCUGGUGGUUUUGAAGAUAAUAAGCUGGCCAUCCUUGAGGACUACUACCAUUUUAGGAAGAAAACGUGUUUUAAUCUUAUUCGUUUCAUAGUCAGAUAUGAGUUGAUUCUUUCUUCAAACAAUUCCCUAUACUUAUGUUUAGAUAGUGACUUUGAUCGCUUAAUUAUAUGGAUGUUUAAGAUGAAUCCAAAUGAAUAAACUGCCGUCUUCUAGAGAAA